AUGCGGCUCUGGCAAAAUGCAGGCUUGGCCACGGACGAAAAUGGGGAGCUUCUGCCCUACAGCCCAACAGAUGUGAUAGAAAGCCAAAACUCCUCUGGACUAGAAGAAGAUAUGAAGAGCAACGAAUUAGCGUGGAUUCUUGGGAAAAUUGCAAACCACCUUACUGCCGGGGACGCUUUUGUUCAGGCAAAUAACACGUUACCACGCCAUGAGCGGCCUGUGAUCGGAUUGAGUCAGGAGCAUCUUCUGGAGAGGUGGAAUAUCUUGAUGUCUGAUUUAGAGAGAUGGCAUGAGUCUCUUUCCGCUUCUUUCUCUGCGACUGCCCGCACGCGGAGACUGGGCACAGCAGCCUCGGGAUUCGAACUGAGUUUUGAUACCUUUGUGCAGAUCUGGUUUGAUUUGCCUUUGUGUGCGGCAACAAUGCAAAGCUAUCACCAAGCCAAGAUUUUGUUAUUGGCGAAUGAGCCGCAAGAGUCAACCGCUAUUCGGUCGACUGUAUCAGCACGCUUAAGAUCCUAUCGCCAUGCCUUGCGAGAAGUCGUCUACCAUGCUAGAGAAGUGUGUGGUAUAAGUCUUGCCAAUUCAACAGACUCUUUUAGGGUCAAUUCUGUACAAGCUCUGUUUGUCGCUGGGCAGGUCUUUCAGGAACGCCGCGAGCAAGAUGCGGUCCUUGAAUUACUUUCUGGGAUUGAAAGGGAUCUCGGUUGGACCACUCGAUAUCAUGUCGCCAAGUUGAAAGACGAAUGGGCAAGGGGGAGAGAAGGCAAUCACGUUGACCGUGAGGAGCCGGGCCAUGACUCUAACUGGUUUAUUUCCUAG